UCCUUCUGGAAAGCUUGUUCAGAUUGAAUAUGCUUUGGCUGCAGUGGCUGCAGGAGCUCCAUCAGUUGGGAUUAAAGCUGCAAAUGGAGUGGUACUGGCAACCGAGAAGAAGCAGAAAUCCAUCCUUUAUGAUGAAAGGAGUGUCCACAAAGUAGAACCAAUUACCAAACAUAUAGGUUUAGUGUACAGUGGUAUGGGUCCAGAUUACAGAGUACUGGUGCACAGAGCCCGGAAGCUGGCCCAGCAAUACUACUUGGUUUACCACGAGCCCAUUCCCACGGCUCAGCUCGUACAGAGAAUUGCGUCUGUGAUGCAGGAAUACACGCAGUCUGGCGGCGUUCGUCCGUUUGGCGUAUCGCUGCUAAUAUGUGGCUGGAAUGAGGGGCGGCCGUACUUAUUUCAGUCGGAUCCAUCUGGGGCUUAUUUUGCGUGGAAAGCAACGGCAAUGGGAAAGAAUUAUGUCAAUGGGAAGACAUUCCUUGAGAAGAGAUACAAUGAAGAUUUGGAGCUUGAAGAUGCCAUUCAUACAGCUAUCUUAACACUAAAGGAGAGCUUCGAAGGGCAAAUGACAGAAGACAACAUUGAAGUUGGCAUCUGUAACGAAGCUGGUUUUAGGAGGCUCACUCCCACUGAGGUUAAGGACUACUUGGCUGCAAUAGCCUAGUAGAAACCGAGCAAGACUGUGUGAUUCACACAAAGGUCUUUUUAAUUUUGGCUACUUAAACGUUUUUGUUUGCAGUUUUUGCAUACUUAUUUCUACAUGGUUUGUCUGAGAGAUUUUUUAAAAUAUCAUGGGUGCAAAUGCAACGGUCCUAAUAUUGUAAUACAUGGAAUCUUAUUACUGGUAAUUCUCUCCCUUGAUACAUGGAAUCUUUGUACACAAAAUACUGUACAAAAUGUAAAGUUACGAUGACAGCUUGAAAAAGGCGAAAGAAUAAAAUUUGAAGGCCACUGUUUUGGGGGAA